AUGGUUGAAGAAAGUGUGACUAGUUCUGCGUGGAAUCGUGACGCUACAGAUUUGGGUCUGUGUGAUGCGCCGCAGGGAUUUCAAGGACCGCCUUAUCUCUCGGCACAAGAAGGCGCGUCAGACUUUCCUCCUUACAGUCUCCCUACAUCGUUCCACGACCCGAUCUUCCCUAUGCCACAGGACCACAGCUCCUGGGAAAGCCUCCUCCUCGAUCCACUGCAAGAGGUGGACCUCCUCAGCCUCCCUCAGACGUACACUCAGUUUCUCCCCUUAACGCCGCCGCUCACCGCCGACGCGUAUCUCAGUGCCGGAUCUUCGCCUACCACACCUUCAGUACCCUCGCCAACCUAUUCGUGCCCACCGGCCCCUUCCUCUUCCCAAAGUCUUGUCGGACGAGGGUUGAUCCCCUCCAUGUAUCCCUCUGGAACGCUGACGCCCCCGGUAUCGCCCGCACCAACAGUCAUCGCCACGAACCUCGCCGCGCAGCAGGUCCGAGUCAUCACUCCGUCGGAGGUUUUGCCGUUGUCAGGGAAACCCGUCGUGGCCAAGCAGACGAGGCAGAAGUUCCCCUGCUCCGAUUGCGGCAAGCUCUACACGCAGCGCAGAGCCAGGGAUCUUCACAUGCUCGUCCACACGGGAGAGCGCCCCUUUGUCUGCGACCGCUGCGGCGCCGCCUUCAACCGCCCCGGGACGCUCAAGGUACACCGUAUCACGGAGGUCUGCCUUCGCAAGCAGCGGCGGGCGUUCGACCAGCGAGCCAGCGCUCGAGCCGGGAGGACGUGGGCGCACCGGACGUCAAUGGCCGCGUCCAAGUGA